AUGUCUCCAGUCCUCGCCUGUGUCCUGGUUUUCCUGGCAGGCUGCUGGGGUUGCCAGCAUCAUGCCUGCCAUAGCAUGGGCAGGGUCUUCAUUUGUCAGGAGAGCAAGGUGGUCCAGGUUCCCCGGGACAUCCCUGCCAACGCCACCGAGCUGAGAUUUGUCCUCACCAAGAUGAGAGUCAUUCCAAAAGGAGCUUUUGCGGGACUUGGUGACCUAGAGAAAAUAGAGAUCUCACAGAAUGAUGCCUUGGAGGUCAUAGAAGCAAAUGUGUUUUCCAACCUUCCCAAACUACAUGAAAUAAGAAUUGAGAAGGCCAACAAUCUCGUGUACAUUGAUCAAGAUGCCUUCCAACACCUUCCGAGCCUCAGAUAUUUGUUAAUAUCAAACACUGGCCUUCGGUUUUUACCUGCUGUCCAUAGGAUACACUCUUUUUUUCAGAAAGUUUUACUAGAUAUUCAAGACAAUAUCAACAUACGUACCAUUGAAAGAAAUUCAUUCACAGGCCUGAGUUCUGAAAGUGUGAUUCUAUGGCUUAAUAAAAAUGGGAUCCGAGAAAUUGAAAAUCAUGCGUUUAAUGGAACCUACCUGGACGAGCUAAAUCUAAGUGAUAAUCACAAUCUAGAAAAAUUACCAAACGACGUCUUCCAAGGAGCCAAUGGGCCUGUUGUUUUGGAUAUUUCAAGGACAAGAAUCAGUUUCCUGCCAAGUCAUGGAUUAGAACUCAUUAAGAAGCUAAGAGCAAGGUCUACAUACAAUUUAAAAAAGCUUCCUGAUUUAAGCAAAUUUAGAUCUUUGAUUGAGGCAAACUUCACCUAUCCUAGCCAUUGCUGUGCAUUUACAAACUGGAAAAGACAGAACACUGAAUUGCAUCCAAUAUGUACCAUAUCUCAGGCCAAGCAAGACCAUGAUGAGAAGCCUGGUGAUAAGAUGCUUAGAAGAUCUGCAGCUGAAGAUUAUAUUUCCAACUAUGGCAUAGGAUUUGACCCAGCAGAGAAUGAAUUUGACUAUGGUUUAUGCAAUGAAAUAGUUAACGUAGCUUGCUCACCUAAACCUGACGCUUUCAAUCCAUGUGAAGAUAUAAUGGGAUACAACAUUCUGAGAGUCCUGAUAUGGUUUAUCAAUGUUUUAGCUAUCACUGGGAACAUCGUAGUCCUCAUUAUUUUAAUAAGCAGUCAAUACAAACUGACCGUACCUCGUUUUCUAAUGUGCAAUCUUGCAUUUGCAGAUCUCUGCAUAGGUAUCUAUCUGUUGUUUAUCGCAUCUGUAGAUAUCCAGACCAAAAGCCAGUAUUACAACUAUGCCAUAGACUGGCAAACUGGGGCAGGGUGCAACGCUGCAGGAUUUUUUACAGUGUUUGCAAGUGAACUCUCAGUCUACACGCUGACUGUGAUAACUCUGGAAAGGUGGCAUACCAUCACCUAUGCCAUGCAACUGGACCGCAAGGUUCGAUUUCGUCAUGCUGUGAUAAUAAUGAUUUUUGGCUGGAUAUUUGCUUUCACAGUGGCACUUCUUCCCAUAUUUGGAGUCAGCAGCUACAUGAAGGUCAGCAUCUGUUUGCCCAUGGAUAUAGAAACGCCAUUUUCUCAGGCUUAUGUUAUAUUCCUUUUAGUGUUGAAUGUACUCGCAUUUGUGGUCAUAUGUGCCUGCUACAUCUGCAUCUACUUUACUGUGAGAAACCCUAAUGUCAUCUCUUCAAACAGUGACACCAAGAUUGCCAAGCGCAUGGCCAUACUGAUCUUCACAGACUUCCUCUGCAUGGCACCAAUAUCUUUUUUUGCAAUAUCAGCCUCACUCAAAGUUCCUCUCAUCACAGUGUCCAAAUCCAAGAUCCUUUUGGUUUUGUUUUACCCCAUCAAUUCCUGUGCUAACCCUUUUCUCUAUGCCAUUUUCACAAAGACUUUCCGCAGGGAUUUCUUCAUUCUGUUGAGCAAGUUUGGUUGCUGUGAAAUGCAAGCCCAGAUUUACAAAACAGAGACCUCCUCAUCUGCUCAUAAUUUCCACACAAGAAAUGGACAUUGCCCUCCUGCAUCAAAAAACAGUGAUGGGACUAUUUAUUCAUUAGUUCCUCUGAAUCACUUGAACUGA